AUGUCAAACGUGCAGAUCGGGACCAUCUGGGUCAUCACGAACAGUCACACUGUCAAGAACCCUUGGACUCCCGAAGUUCAGUGCGUGGAGGGCACCAACUUCAUGAAGAUCUACCGCUGGUCUCGAGAUCUUACCCGCUUUGUUACCGGGAAGGCGUUGGACCUCCGCAAGGAUAAGGGUCACUGGUUGGACGGCGCCUUCCUGGGCAAGCUCAUUGCCGCCAGGGACCAGAAAAGCAAGGAGGCUUACAAGAGCGCAGUGAUGCCAGAGCCCGAAGAAGGAGAGCCUGCGGCUCCCCAGCGCCGCAGGCGUGUGCGGAAGGACGAUGCAGCGGUUUCAGCGGCAGUGGUGGAGAUCGUCGUGCCAGCCGUGGAGGAGCACGAAGAGAAGACUGUCAAAUGCCUCUGGGGCGUGAAGUCCCAUGACUUGUGGAUCGAGAUGUCGGAUACGAUCCUAGAGCACGUGAGGAGUGGCAUUCUGGCUGAAUCCUCGGGCCAGCAGGGCGCUAAGAAGCGCAGGUUCAAAGAGCCUGUGCCUGCUGAAGAUCAGGGGGAAACUUCUGCAGAGUCAAGGUGA